AUGACGAAUUUUACAACUGUUAAAUUAUAUAUUUAUGAUAUUUCAUUUGGUCUUGCUAGUGCAUAUGGUUCAACUUUACUUGGCAAGCAAAUUGAUGGUGUUUGGCAUACAGGCGUUGGAGUAUAUGGUAAGGAAUAUUUAUAUGGUUCAAGUGGAAUUUCUUAUACAACACCAGAAGAAAUUCAUCGACAGGGAUUAGCGCCAAAACCAAAAACACUUGAUCUUGGUCAAACGAAAAAAACUGUAUCUGAAAUUCAAUCAUGGAUUGUAGAAAAAAGUUGCAGUAGUUUUCGUGGUCAUCAAUAUGAUUUAUUAGAUUGGAAUUGUAAUAAUUUCAGUGAUGAAUUUACAAAAUAUCUUCUUAAUAGUACAAAUUCUCUUAUACCUGAAGAAAUUCUUGAAUUACCAAGAUUUGUAAAAACAACUCCAUUAGGAAGAAUGCUUUUAUCAUUUCUUAAUAAAGAUCCAAUAUCAGCAGCUCAACAAACAGGAAAUAAUAAUAAUUUUGCUGAUUCAUCAAUACAUAUGGUACAAUCAAAUGCAACUAAUAAUAUGAAAUUUGAUAAUAUUCCUGUACGACAUUGUAUUUUACCUGUAUUGGAUAAAAUGAAACCACGAGUAAAUCUUAUUGAAUCAAUGUGUAAACGAACAUUGAGUUCAGAUGAAAAAGAAUUCUUAAAUGAUAUUAAUCAAUUAUUUCGACCUGAUGCAACAUAUUCACCUAUGUUAACUCGUCAACAUUUGAUGUUUUUAAUUUCUCUUAUGGUUAAUUCUAUUGAAGAUGAAUCUGGUCAAAAAAUUAUAUUAGAAAUUCUUCAAUUAUUAUCUGAAUAUGAAUAUAUUAUUAAAAUUUUAAGUGACAUUGAAGGACAAGAAUCUCCUAUUGAAUUAUUAAAAACAUUGAAUGAUCAACCUGAACAAAUACAAAUUGAAUUUUUACGUUGGUUUUCUUCAAUUGCGGCUACAUCAAAUGGACGUACAAUGUUAAUUAAUAUACAAGAUGAAAUAGCACCAGUCUUUACUGAAUCUAUUCAUAAUGAAAUAUCAACCAGUAAAGCGAAAUAUGAAAUUAUCGUCGUUUUACAUAAUCUUUUAUGUAUCAAUACUGAUAUUCGACUUAGUUUUAUGAAUUCUAUUUCUAUUGGUUCAGCUAUGGUUCAAUAUAUGAGUACACCAGUCAAUAUACAUGAAGCUGAUACAUUCCUAGCAGUUUUUAUUGCAUUAGCCGAUGCAGAAAAAGAUCUUUAUGGUAUUGCAAAAGCUAUGGAAUUUAGUCCAGAUUAUUAUUCAUCUAUUGUUGCUUGUCAACCAUUAAUUGAAAAGAUAAAUACAAAUUUUCAAGCUGUGUAA